AUGGUGUCUGAGAAGGUUCUCUUAGAUGGUCGUCCGAAGGGAGUGAGAGAGAACGUCAAACAAGUCAUCAUUAUCUAUGCUAGCGUUUAUAAAGAGGGCCAUUAUGAGGAUGCCAGGCAGCUGGCAGACCAGAUUAAGAUCAGUGGAACAGACAUCAUAGUUGUGGCAUUCGAUCAGUAUGGGCAACCUAAUGCUUUGGCAGAAAUUAAAAAGAUUGCUUCUCCAGGAUUUUUCUUCACAAAUGUACAACCUAAUCUAGCAGCUGAGAUUCAACACUCGCUCUGUACGGUAAACUGCUUCUGUAAAAAACAAUGGCUGCAGUACACCCUUGAAAAGGAAAAGUAUGGUACUUGCCUAAGGAUGGGUGGAAUUGACGCUAAUUGGAAUGCAGCAAAACGAGCAUGCAUCAACAUGGGCCGUGGAGUUGGUCACCUCGCUUCUGUACUCGACGAACCUAAACAUCAUUUCAUCUCAUAUAUGUUCAAGGAAGACUACAGGAUGGAACCUCCAUACAUGUAUCACAUCGGUCUCUCAUAUGAUACAGAGAAGAAGGGCUACUUCUGGGAACAGCCUAUGGGAUCAAAACCAGAGAAAAUUCCAGUAAAUAAUACUGCCAUAACUAAAUUGAAUUGUUGCAGCAAAAAUUGA